UUUCAUUUUCCACCUCCUCAUCACACCCUCUUUAUAUUGACAUGUACCACGCUUUAUAUUUCGAAAUCCAAAUCAAAAACAGAUGAUGGAGGCUGUUGGAACUGCAGCUGGUAUCCUACAACUGGCAGGAACCGCUACCAAGACCUCUCUUCAAGUCUACGAGUUCAUAUCCACUAUAAAAAAUGCACCACGGGAAAUUGAAAGCCUCAGCCACGACAUCAUGAACUUCCAUACACUUGUGAGCAAUUUGACAGAUGCGCUGGGUUCUCCAGAAAUACGAAGCAUGGUGUAUAUGGACAAACAACUCAGCAACGCGAUGAGAGAUCUGCUUGUCCCUAUGGCUAAAUGCCAGCUCACCUGUGACCAAGUACAAAGCACGCUGAGUUUGCACCUUCAACUCGAAGAGUCUGCAGAUGAUGGAGCCCGCAGCAAUGGACAAAAAGCAAAAGCACAUAUCUGGGUUCGUGACUGGUUGUGGCCUUUUAGACGAAAAGAGGUACUUGCUUUGAUGACGGACCUGGACAGGACAAGGUCAAUGUUUUCCGAUGCCAUGGCAGGUCUCACAUUAAAAUCAACUGCAACUGCGAUUACGACAGAACCAACCAAAGAGAUUUAUACGAAGCGCACCUUUAAUGAUGAUGCUGGAUCUGCGAUUCUCGACUUUGCAUCAGUUGAUGAGUCUUUGGCCCCAACGCUGGUAGAGGAAGAAGGCGAGAAAUCGUCCAAUCCCAAAUACACUGAAGACCUCAUAAAAGCGGUAUAUUUUGGCUCUGCCACAUUAGUGGAUAUGAUGCUACAACAAAAUGUCGAUGUAAAUACUCGCGACCAUCGAGAUGGACGCACUGCGCUUUCAUAUGCGGCUGAGCUCGGCAAUGUUGAGAUAGCAGAGCUGCUCCUUAAACGCGGGGCUGCAGUGAACAUUCGUCAAUACAGCCUGAGCAAGCGUGUUGUGGGUCACGGGAUAAAUGACCAACCGUGGAUGGUCAGUGGUCGGAUGCCAAUACAUUGGGCAGCAGUCAACAGACAUAGUGCAGUUGUUGAGCUUCUCCUACAAUAUGGAGCAAACCCAAAUGCGAGGAAUACUCCCGGGAGAUUGGUUCUUCAAGACGCCUGUAUGUAAAUGCUAGGAGCUAUGGUAGUGGCUGGACAGCGUUGCAUGAAGCGGCUACAUGGAAUCAUAUCGAGAUAAUCCAAAUCUUAUUGGAGUA